CUCGACACUAAUAUUGACCACUCUGUAUACGAUUUUCGUGCAGUGCGUUCGAGUUGUGAAAUAAUAAGAAGCAAGAAAUUAUUGCAAGAUGCGUGUGGAAAAGCCGGAAGCUCUUCGUAAACCUCUGAUUAUCCCGCAUAAAACUUUAAUGGGAGCAGGACCGUCCAACUGCACUCCGAGGAUUCUGCACGCCCUCAGCCAACCAGUUUUGGGCCACUUACAUACGGAAACCACGAAGAUUAUGGACGAGGUCAAAGCAGGAAUCCAAUAUAUAUUCCAGACCAGGAACGAAUUGACUUUGGCAGUCAGUGCAUCCGGUCACGGAGGAAUGGAGACCGUGAUGUGCAAUCUGUUGGAGCCGGGCGAGAAGGUUCUUGUUGCGACGAACGGAAUUUGGGGCGAAAGAGCCUCGAACAUGGCAGAGCGUUACGGAUCUGUCCCCGUUAAGGUAACGACGGAGCCUGGAAACAACUUCAGUCUGGCCCAACUGGAGAUGGCUUUGAUGAAGCAUAAGCCCGUGAUGCUGUUCAUUGUCCAAGGGGAGAGUUCCACGGGAGUUUACCAGCCUUUGGAAGGACUAGGCGACCUCUGUCACAGAUUCAAUUGUUUGUUGGCGGUGGAUACUGUCGCAUCGCUUGGCGGAGUUCCUGUCCUUGCAGAUGAAUGGGGAAUUGAUGCCAUCUACACGGGAACACAGAAAGUCCUUGGAGCUCCACCGGGAAUCACCCCGAUCUCCUUUAGCGACAGGGCUAAGCAGAAGAUAUUCAACCGGAAAACCGAGAUCCAAGUCUUCUACUGGGACAUGAAAAUUCUCGGUGAUUAUUGGGCUUGCUUUGGAAACCCCAGAGUAUACCAUCACACCAUUUCAACGACCCUUUUGUACGGGUUACGCGAAGCUUUGGCGAUGGUCGCUGAAGAGGGCAUUCAGAGUGUCAUUGAAAGACAUGAAAAUUGUGCCAGGCUUCUCCGCGAAGGACUAGAGAAGUUAGGUCUGCAACUGUACGUGUCCGAUGCGUCCAAGAGGUUGCCUACCAUAACCACCGUCAAGGUACCACAUGGUGUUCAAUGGAAAGAUGUCACCAAUUACGCAAUGAAUAGAUUCCUCGUGGAGAUAGCCGGCGGUUUGGGGCCGACUGCCAACAAAGUUUUCCGGAUCGGCCUAAUGGGAUACAACGCGUCUCCAGAAAAAGUCGAGUACGUCCUCAGAGUUAUGCAAGAAUCCGUCGAGAUGGCGAAGAAGAUGAAACCGAGCAAAUUGUGAACAACUAAAUCUACACCAGAAUCAUCAUAACGUACUUAAUUAUUAGAUUUUGUAUUACCUAACUAUCUAUAAACAAAGCAUUCCAAAAAACCAAAACAAUGUGACUUGUUUUUGUUAUAUUUCUUUGCAGGUGGAUCACACGAAGAAUGUACAGAUGUUGUUGAUGUUGUUACGUGGUAUCAUCAUAUGAUUUUGCAACAGUCAUAUGAGAGAUGUGUAAUAAUCAUACGCCGAGUUUUUGUGUGAUAAUCAUAUGAUUGUCGAAAUAUAAAUAUACUACAUUUCUCGGUAAAAGCGUAGAGUUCAACCAUAUUGAGACUAAGCCAAAGAUGAAAAUAGUUUCCGAAUACUUUUUUUUUGGAGUGGGAUCGAAGCACUUCCGUUGACUUGGUCAGAUGUCUUAAUGAAUCUUAUUUUUAGAACAUAUCAGGCGGCGGAUUCUACGCUCAUG